AAAAGCCAAGCAGCUGUGAGCAUCAAAACAAAGCAAGUUCUCAACCAAGAGACUUGGAAAGUAGUGACUGAUCCACUACCACACAGCAGCAGCAAGCUUAGAUCCCCAGCAGCUGAAAAGCAGAAAACACCGAGGAAAAUGAAGGCUGUCAUUGUAUUCAUGCUCCUUUUCGCAGCAGUCUAUUGUCACCCUGUGAAACGUUCAACCAGCAGCUCAGAGAGCACUGAAAUGCAAUCUGUUGAUGGUCAGUCUGAUUCGGUUCCUGAUGAGAGCUCUGAAGAGGAGGAUAUUGAUGAUGAUGCUGAUGAUGAUGACAGUGACAGCGAUGAGUCCGAUGAGAUUACAGACCCCACUGCUUUUCCUAUAACAGAGUCCACUCUCAUCCCUACUAUUAACGGCCGUGGAGACAACAUCGGCUACCAGAGCAACUACAAAAAACACAUCUAUUAUGUGGAUGGCAACAACGUCGAGAAAGGACCUUCUUCUUUCAAAGCACGUAGCUUUAACAAGGGGAACUACAAGGAUGAAGAUUUGAAAUUGCUCAAGGUUCUGGACAAAAGUGGGCUUGACCAGGGAGUGGAAGUCUCCAGUGGCACGGAGAGUGAUGACAUAAGCCAGCUAGAGCAGAGGUCCGCUAUCAGUGCCAGUGAUGCCAGUGACGGUGAUUCCAGUGCCAGUCAGGAGAGUGAGGAGAACAGCCAGAGCAGCGAGGAAGACACAACCGCGGCCAACACGACCGCCAACGACUCGUCUGAGAGCAGCGAGAGCGAGGAGAUCAACGUGACCGACCAGCCUGUAGUGAUCAAGAACAGCAACCCUGAAGUCGUCAACCUUUAAAUGCACCCCAAACCUGCUGGUGACAAGUGACUCACUUCACUUCAUGUGAAUCAAGUAGCACAAUGCAAUGAUACAGCUCAGACAAACCCGGUCUAGUACCAAGGCUGCAUUUCAUUACCUGUCAAAUCUGUUUUUUUUUUAAAAAAACAAAUCUACAUUUGCACAAUCAUUUAUGAUAAGUUUAAGUAAUAUAUUUUAAUCUCCCAUGUAUCAUGAUUUAUCCUUUAUGAAUAAAGUCUUUUUUCUUUUACAA